AGCGCGGCGGAAGGAGGGCGAGACUUGGCGGAAAGAGGGAAGGAGCGUCUCGGCUGCGGCUGCGGCGGCGUUCGGGCCAUGGGCAAGAAGCACAAGAAGCACAGGGGGGAGAAGUACCCGUAUGAAGAAUAUGUAGAAAAGCCCUUAAAGCUGGUUUUAAAGGUGGGAGGAAAUGAAGUCACGGAACUUUCCACUCAGAGCUCAGUACAUGAUUCAGCCCUAUAUGAAGACAAAAAUGACCAUGAAAAACACAAAGACAAGAAAAGGAAGAAGAGGAAAAAAGCAGAAAAGCAAGUUCCUGGAGAAGAAAAGGAAAAAAGAAAGAGAAAAGGAAAGGAUGAUAAAAAGAAGCGAGAUAGGGAUCGUGGUGAAAGUGAAGGAGAAAGAGAACUGAAAUGUCAGAGUCCCCUAAGGCUAGACUUGCCACCUGAAAAACCAUUGGCAAGCAGUUUGGCAAAACAAGAAGAAGUGGAACAGACACCACUUCAAGAAGCAUUGAACCAACUUGUGAGGCAGCUGCAAAGAAAGGAUCCAAAUGCUUUCUUUUCAUUUCCUGUGACUGACUUUAUUGCUCCUGGCUACUCCAUGAUCAUUAAACGCCCAAUGGAUUUUAGUACCAUGAAAGAGAAGAUCAAGAACAAUGGUUACCAGUCCAUAGAAGAACUAAAGGAAAACUUCAAACUGAUGUGUACUAAUGCCAUGGUCUAUAACAAACCAGAGACCAUUUAUUACAAGGCUGCUAAAAAACUGUUGCAUUCAGGAAUGAAAAUACUCAGCCAGGAAAGAAUCCAGAGCUUGAAACAAAGCAUUGACUUCAUGGCAGACCUUCAGAAGAGCAGGAAGCAUAAAGAUAAAACAGGUCUCCAGUCAGGUGAAGAUGAUGAUGGCUUUGGGAAAGAUGCAGACUCCAUGGACAUAGACCUCAGAGCCUUUAAAACACCUAGCAAAGAACUCAAGAAAAAAGAGAAAGAGCUACUUGAAGAAAAAAUAAGGAAUAGUAAUUUAGAGAGGGAACAAGAACUGAUUGAACAUAUCAUCAGAGAAUCAGGAGGAAAGUUAACAAAAAGACCUGCUAAUGCUCAGUGUGAGUUUGAAAGAAGAAAACCUGAUGGCACAACCACCCUGGGACUUCUUAAUCCAGCAGAAAAUAACACAGGGGUGGUAGAACUAGGACAUGGCUCUGCAAAGUUGGGUGUCACAGCUGGAAGACUGCAGUCAGGUGUAAAUAUGUUACAAGGGUUCAAAGAAGACAAAAGAAACAAAGUUACUCCUGUGAUGUACUUGAACUACGGGCCCUUUAGCUCUUAUGCUCCAGCUUAUGACUCCACAUUUGCAAAUAUCAGCAAGGAUGAUUCUGAUUUAAUCUAUUCCACCUAUGGGGAAGAUUCUAAUCAAGGGAAUUUUAACAUCAAUGAGUUCCUGGCAAAAUCUCAAGACUACCCAUACGUAAUGGUGGACAGUUUGUUGGAUGUUUUGACCCAAGGAAGGCAUUCUCUCUCACUCAGAGAACUUGAAAAGUUGCAGCCAGCAGAAGAAGCUGAAUGUCUGUGUGAAAAGCCUGCUACAAGCAAGGAUGUGGAGAUUCUGGAAACAGCUCUACCCAGUAGGUUUGACUCCUCUCUUAGUAAGGAGAGGCUGACAGCACUGAGAGCAGUAACCAAUUUUGGAAUGCCUGUGGAGGAGUUUGACUCAGAAGAAGCAGAGGUCUUCCAGAAAAAACUUGACGAAACCACAAAAUUGCUUCAGGAGCUUCAAGACGCUCAGAAUGAACGACUAAGUACGAAACCACCUCCGAACAUGAUCUGCCUUUUGGGCCCAUCUUACAAAGAGAUGCACUUGGCGGAGAGAGUGACGAGUAAUCUAAAAGAGCUUGCACAACAAGUGGCUCCAGGAGAUAUUGUGAGCACAUAUGGAAUCCGUAAAGCGAUGGGCAUUUCAGUUCCUUUACCAGAUGCCAUGGACAGCUUUGUUGACUUAACAGAUGAAGCAGAGGAACCGCCAAAAGCUCCUGUUCGCAUUGGAAAUGAAUGUGAACCAGUUGCUGGUACAUGAUGCAUUGUAAUGUUUAAACUGGUUUUUAAGUCUUUCCUUUUUUUAAAGAUUUGCCCCAGUGCAUGCAUGGGCACUUUGUAUACUUGUGUUAUAUUUGCAUUCUUAAUAAAAACUUUAAAACCAAA